UUAUUUACAUAUAGCCAUACAUAUUGACGUGUACAGUAUCAGCAUCGGGUUAUUAACGUUGCUGUUGUCAUUGGUAUCGUUUUUUGCUGUGGAAUAAAUGGCUUCGUUAUGAUAACGCGGCUAUGUAAAUGUAUCGGUCGGUGUCCCGGACAGACACCUCUCUGGCGUAGAUCCGCGGCCGGCAUUGGCGCUCCUGUUCCGGUUCGGGGCAGUAGGCCUCAGAGGGUUGGCCCGUUCGGUCUUUUUGGACAUGGAUGUGACCGUGGGGGUUGUGCCCUGGCGUGGUCAAGUCCUGGGAGGUUGCUGGCUCCAGUCUGCUCUGCUCUUUGCCCUGCUCAUGGUCAGAGGUCAUGCUGGAGCCAGGGCUACCUGGGCUGACUCUGCUGACCCUGACGACUUGGUGAACAAACCACACUGGCCUGUGCCCUACAGACGUGUGAACUUCCGACCGACCCCGGACCCCUUCUGCCAAGCGCGCUACACGUUCUGCCCCGACGGAGACCCGGGGGGUUCCAUCCCCGCCAUGGCCCCCGAGGAUGUGCUGGAAGUGUUCCUGCUCAAGGCGCCCGUCUGGGAGUUCAAGUUUGGCGACCUCCUGGGAAAAUUUAACAUUAUGCAUGAUGCCAUCGGGUUCCGGAGCGCGCUCACGGGACACGACUUCACACUCGAGUGGUACGAGCUCUUCCAGCUGGGGAACUGCACCUUCCCGCACCUGCGCGCCGGUCUCUCCGCGCCAUUCUGGUGCAACCAGGGCGCCGCCUGCUUCUACGCCGGCCUGGAUGAGCGCCACUGGCGAGAGAACGGCACCAUGCUGAAGGUUGCCGAGGCCACAGGCGAGACGUUUAACAACUUGGCCAAGUGGGUACGGCACGACAACGACACGGGCGUCUACUACGAGACGUGGACGGUGCGGAGCGGUGAGGAGCUCAACGCCACCUCGUGGUUCGAAUCGUACGACUGCUCGCGCUUCGUACAGCGCACCUUCAAGAGGCUCGCCGAGUUGGGGGCGAUGUUCAAGCCAGGCCUGCGCACACACUACACGCGCCUCAACCUCUACUGCGGGGAGCCCCAUUUCCUGGGGAAUGCCAGCACCAUCUUCGGGACGGCGUCGAAGGAGGCCAUUAAGUUGGCAAAGGAAAUCCGCAGCUUCUACACCAAUUUCCAGCCGAACCAGUCGCUGCUGGGGCUGCUAUUGAGCGUGUUAAAUGCUUACGGGGAACUGGUCUUGCAGCACCGCUUCUUUCUUUACUAUAACUCCGAGUACUGGUUGCUGCCCAUGAAGCCGCCGUUUGUGAGCAUAACAUACGAAGAGGCACCGCUGCCUUAGCUAAAAACCCCGCCGCCAUGGCUCUUGUGGCGAUGGGCGAGUGUGGUUGUGCAAGGAUGAAGUCACUUGGGAUGCACAAUUUUUACAAUUGAUCCGGCUAUGCCUGGAUAACUUCUGACCAAAUCACCCAGAAUGUGCCCAAUUUUCAUAACUUCUUGGAAGCUGAGUUGAGCCUGGAUAGUGCCUGGAUGGGCAACCACGGUGCAUGACAUGUUAUAGGCUACGGGGCUGCAUGGUGGGCAAUGCAGCAAACACCAUUGUACUAUACUUCGAUGCUUGCAUUCACUAACCCAUGACCCUACACGGUGGGGAGAGGCCCUCAUCCAGCAGUGGAUUAAUAAGAGCUUCAUAUGUACACAUGUUGAAUGAUGUUUUGACAUGGUCGCACUGUGGGUGUGAUGCACCAUUGGGUUUGUGCUUUCCACAAUUUGCAGCAAGUGAUUUGUGGCCUCUUGAGUGAACGUUUUGAUUGCACUGAACGAUAGAAAAUGCACUAACUGUACGUAUCAAAAUGAAAUAGCAAUAAUAGAUUAAUGAAGAUUU